AUGCCAGACUACCACAUCGCUGUCUACGUCAUACCGUUCACCAUGAGGAUCACCCUGAGCAUCAACAACCCGGAGGCCGAGGACCAGGACCUCCUGUCCUUGGACAUCUUCUCCGACAUGACCCUCGAGACUCUGCGAAGCUCCAUCCAUGCCGAGACCCGCAUCGAGCCCAACGCCCAGCACCUCUACCACAACGGCCAGCUCAUAAGCGACAACUCCAAGACCAUGGAGCAGCUUCAGAUCGCCGACGGCGAGAUGCUGGCCCUCCACGUCCGCGACAUGCGGGGCAGCACAGGCGUGCCCGCCACCAGGGAGCAGCAGCAACCGCGCAGGGCGCCCACCGAGCAGGACCCCGAGCUCAUCCGCCUCCAGCUUCUGGGUAGCCCCCCUGAGUAUCGCGAGGAGCUCCGGAGGACCCAGCCCCAGCUUGCCCAGGCACUGGACGAUCCGGUGAGGUUUGCAUCGGCCUUCAGAGACGUCUAUGACCGGGAGCGCCGGGAGCGCGCGGACAGGCAGCGCCAGAUCGCGGCGCUCAACGCGGAUCCCUUCGAUAUCGAGGCCCAGGAGAAGAUUGCCGAGAUCAUCAGGCAGGAGCAGGUCAUGGAGAACCUACAGAACGCAAUGGAACACAACCCAGAAGUUUUUGGCCGGGUGCAUAUGCUCUAUGUCGACAUCGAGGUCAACGGCCACAAGGUCAAGGCCCUGGUAGACUCGGGCGCGCAGGCAACCAUCAUGUCACCACAAUGCGCCGAGGCCUGCAACAUCAUGCGGUUGGUCGACAAGAGGUUUGCCGGAAUAGCCAAGGGUGUGGGUACUGCCACGAUUGUUGGAAGGGUGCAUUCGGCCCAGAUCAAGAUUGGGUCCCUGUUCCUGCCCUGCAGCUUCACCGUCAUGGAGGGCAAGAAUGUCGAGCUUCUGCUGGGCCUGGACAUGCUCAAACGCCACCAGGCAAGCAUCGACCUUGCCAAGGACAAACUCAUCAUCCAGGGUGUUGAGGUACCCUUCCUGGGCGAGGCCGAGAUACCCAAGGACAUCGAGGAGGCAUUGGAAGAGGAGCCAACUGUGAAAGGGCCCGGUGGCACGACCAUCGGAGGGCGAUCCGGUGCCAUCACCCAGCCUGACUCGUCUUCCGGCGCCCCGGGUCCCUCUUCGUCGGCGCCGGCGCCAGCAGCUGCGCCUCCAGCAGCAACAACCCCUGCUCCCGCCGCGCGAGAGCAGCCGCAGUUCCCUGAGGAGGCGAUCGAGAGGUUGACGCAGCUGGGCUUCACACGCGAUGCUGCGAUACGGGCUUUGGAGGCGACCGGUGGAAACAUCGAGUUCGCCGCCGGCCUUCUGUUCCAGGGGUAA